GUGUGUGUGUGUGUGUGUGUGUGUGUGUGUGUGUGUGUGUGCGCGCGCGCGCGUGCGCACCUGAGGAUUGUUCUGGUAAAAUGAUCAGUCCAUUUAGCUGAUCAUAGAAGAAGCUGCAGUACAAAUCCUAAAGACAUACUUUAAGUUAACAUUUUGCCAUUGUAUAUGUCACAGAGCUGAGACUAUUUUUUCAGUAAGAAUGCUCCACUAAGUCCGUGUGUUGUUUGAGUUUUUGUUACGUGUUCAAAGAUAAAUAGCCAUUUUGUCAUUAUGUUAUCUGCCUCAAACGUCUUGGUCAGUUUAAGGCUUUUGAACGGUUGAUACCUUGUUACAUAUUUGGAGCAAAUUUUGAUUUAAAAGAUUAAUGUGAUCGAAAUAUAAAAAAUCAAAUGAAGUAGGCUUGAUAUUUCCAUUGUGCUGAAAUAUAAUUACAGGAGUUCUAUAUUAAGUGUCCAACUGUAAAUGUGGACAUUCAAAAUAUAAAUUGCAUUAUAUCUAAUAAAAUGUACCAUGUGGUAGCCAUUGGGACCUGAUUCAUUUUUCAUUGUUCAUGAAACAUUUGUAGACAGGCAGUAAUUGUUUUUCUUCUGUUUACUUUUCUUUACAUGUUAGUCUGCUACUGUGGAGCGCGCACACCUUUGGCGCCGAACGUCGUAUUCCAUCCUCACGCGCACGUACCGUUAAGUAGGACUCUGGAGAAUUUAUUUUUAUUUUUCCGCCAUCUUCAUAGUUAAGGACAAGACUCUGCUGGCUGAGUAAAUAUGAGCGAACCUGCAGGAAUCAACCUUGAGGAUUUAAUUAAUGUGACACCACUGAAAGAAGGUGGAGACGUGGAGCCCAAAGUUGAACAGCUGAUGGGCAAAUUAAGAAGACUGCAACAUGGUAAAAGAGACCUGGAGGAAGAAAUUAAGGAGAUCAUAUCAGUCAGUGACUUUUUGCAGGAAGAGCUGACAACUUUACGAACUGAAGCUUACAAACUGGAAGGAAUCCAUAAAGAAAAAGAAGAGUUGUGCAGGAAGCUGCAGUUCCAGUGUGAGGAGUCUGAGCAGGAUGCUGUCAGUCAUUUGAAGCAGAACAAGAAAAGCGAGGAACUGCUGGAACAGUACAGAUGUGAAAUCCAGGAAUUCAAGCUUAAACAGCGGAAGCAGCGGAUGAAGUUUGAGAACCAACUUCAUCAACUGAUCGAGCAGCAUAAGAGUCUGCACUCUGUCUUUACUCCAGAAAGGCUCUCAGAUGAAAUAGAAAGUGCUGAGAAUACAAAACGUCAGCUGUUAUCAGCUGAACAAAUGAAGUUGGCUCAGCUGCACCGUCUCAAUGAAGAGCUCGACGAGAUGGAGAAACAGAGGCAGCCGGAGAAAACAGCUGCAGAGACUCAGGAGUGAAACUGAGUAUUUUUGAAGUAUUUUAUAGAAUCAGCGGGUCCCUCAUUUAGAUGUGCUAUGAUCACUUCCUGUCCGGUGAAAACCUUAAACCUCACAAAUGUUCUUCUAGUAUCCUGUGUGGAUAUGUUCCUAUGUUCAUCUUACUUAAAUAUUGUGUAUUCAUAUAAUAACUUAUUCACAUAUUUAUAAAUAUAAAGGUUUUAACAUUGUUGUGAUGUACAUGGGUUUACUUUAUGAAUCUUAAAGAGCCUAUAAACGAAUAGUUCAACCAUUCACUACAAUAUACUGUAUAUAUGUGCACACAGCCAGAUUCAAAUUCAGUUUUAAAAAGAUUUAAUAAAAGA